AUGUCUGUACUUCCUGUAGGCAAGCUGUUGGGAGAGAGCGGAUCCUGCUCUUCAAAUAGCCCACGAGAAAAAUCUCUCCUUCCUGGGGAGACAGACCAAGAAGUUUCCUUCUCUCUUUUUCCCUUGCACAAGCUCCUUGCCCGACUUGAAGGUAGAAGUUCCUUGAAAGAAAUAGAACCACAUCUGUUUGCUGAUGAAGAUUCACCAGUGCAUGGUGAUAUUCUUGAAUUUCAUGGUCCAGAAGGAACAGGAAAAACAGAAAUGCUUUAUCAUUUAACAGCACGAUGUAUACUACCAAAAUCAGAAGGUGGACUGGAAGUUGAAGUCUUAUUUAUUGAUACAGAUUACCACUUUGAUAUGCUCCGGCUCGUUACAAUUCUCGAGCAUAGGCUUUCCCAAAGUUCUGAGGACACUGUGAAGUGCUGCCUUGGAAGGUUCUUUCUGGUGUGCUGCGGUGGCAGUACUCAGCUCCUCCUUACGCUUCACUCGCUAGAAGCUAUGUUUUGUAGUCACCCAUCUCUCUGCCUGUUGAUUGUGGAUAGCCUGUCAGCUUUUUACUGGAUAGACCGUGUCAAUGGAGGAGAAAGUGUCAACUUACAGGAGUCUACUCUGAAGAAAUGUUCUCAGUUACUAGAGAAACUUGUAAAUGAGUAUCGCUUGGUUCUUCUUGCAACAACACAAAGUAUAAUGCAGAGAACCUCAGACUCAGCAGAAGGGCCGUCCUCCGCCUCUAACCGUCCAGGUGGUGUGGACAUGGACUAUAGACCCUACCUCUGUAAGGCGUGGCAGCAAAUAGUGAAGCACAGGAUAUUUUUCUCCAAACAAGAUGAUUCUCAAGCCAGCAAACAAUUUUCUUUGGUUUCACGUCAUUUAAAAAGUAAUACUCUAAGAAAACAUUUAUUUGUUAUUGGAGAAAGUGGCAUUGAGUUCUGUUGAUAUGUAUCAUAAAAAUAGAUUUAUUGUAGGAUAGUACGCCAAAAUUAAAAUGUCCGUAAUAAGCUAAGAUGAUUCUAUUCUAUAGUUUUAAACUCUAGAGGAAUAAACAGAACAGUAUUUCUACACAGAAUGGAUUUCUUAAACUAGUACUGUAAAGCCUCAGACUGUCCUAUUCCUAGGUUGUCAAAGAUUAAUCAAGUAAUAUUAGCAAUUUAGCUGUAUAUUAAGCUUGUUUUUAAAACUAAAUAAAAAAUAAUAUACACAUUUCAGCCUAAAUAAAAUGGUCUUUUAUAACUUCAUGUCACAUUUCUGGUUUCAGUUAAGUAGUUACUUGUUUAGGAAAGUUGAAGUGAAUUUCUGAUUUCUCAUAACAUAACCCCUUUAGGAAGCUGUGACUUUGUGAAAUGUUUCUGUAGAGCUGUUUUUUUCUAUAAGAUGGAUGAAAACAAGGAUCCUAUGAUCUGUCUUUCACACCAAAAACUAUGGAAAGUCAGAACAUUCUGAUCUGAGUUACACUGAAUUCCAGUGUGGAGGUGUGUUGUGUUUGGGUUUCUGUGUAAUUUUUAAAACACGGGGAAAUAAGUUAUCCAUUCAAGGAAUUCUGUGAAAAUCAUUUUGAAAUUUCCAUUUCAUUAAGUGGUAGGCAAAUACUGAAACUCUAUUAGAACUGUGUGCUAGUAUUUUCUUACAAUUUAGAAUAGUCCGGACAUACCCGAAAUGAAUUAUUUCCAGCUGAGAGCUGGUCACAGCUCUACAUACUUGGUUCCAGUGAUGGCCAGAAUGGGGAGCUCGUGCCUUGAGCAUGAAAGGUAAUGUCCUAUGGAGCAGGAAGAAAAUUCCAGAACUUAUAUUUAUAUAUUUUAAUCUAAGGAAAGAUUAGAUUAUGCCAGUAUCUGACACUCAGAUACCCUGGUGUGCUCAUUCAGUCUGUAUGUCAGAUCGUCACGUGUUGCAUACAUACGUGAGGUACUGCAUAGGAAAUGUGGAGCGAAUUGACUGGUGGUCUCAAGGGUGUGUUCAUCUAUAUACCUACUUAGUUAAAACUGCUAACUGUAAAUUGACUCAUCUAAUGAAGAUUCUUUUUAAGGGUUUAAAAGGAAUCCUGCAAAGAAACUAAGAUUGAAGGCCAUAUUCUUCAUGGUGCAGGUGGAGUAGAUGUAGCGUAUGCUGUCUGUGCCCCUCCCAUGUACCCUGCCCCUCCUGUAGCUUGCUGGCAGUUCCCAAACCCAAGGCCUCUGAAGGUGUCUCCUGGAUGCCAAGACCCUGCUGGACUGCAUGUUGGACAGGCUGGGCAGUCCUUAGUGGGUGAAACAGUGAGGGUCAGGAUUUGGUUUAUGAACAUGCCAACAUGCCAUCUUCCUCACUCCAUAGUAAGAGGACACUGAGGUCUUCUCAUAGUGGCCUCCACAGGGGACUGAUGCCCAGUUGCUCACAGCAGUAAUCUAUUCAUUAACAAACUGAUUUUUGCCUCCCGUCCUCUAACUUACUUCCCCAUUCUCAUGGCGCCUCCUGGGAUUGUCUCCCUAAUGAAUGACAAAUCCUUAUCUAGGAACGGCUUUUAUUGUAGGUUGAAGGGGGCCCAAACUGUCAGCAGACAUAAAAAGUCCUCAGACUAAGAAUCCUUCUAGACCCAGUAUUUACUCUUUAGCCACGUUAUGGAAUUGAAGAUGAUAGUAGUCUAAUUGGCAGUCAGGUUAAAUUACAUUGGAUCACAUUACUGUCAAUUGUACCCAUACACCUUGUCACUGAUACAAUUUAAAAUAUUAUAUACUUUAUCCAUAAUUCAUUUUUUCUUCUUUUGUGUGUGUAUUUAAUUAUAUGUAAUGCAUUUUAUACACAAGUACUUUAUAAAUAUUUGUAUGUUAGGAGAGUAUGAUUAUUUUUCCCCAAAUGAGAGUGUGAUCAAUAAGAUUGAGAAUCUUGCCCUUCUCUAGAAUACUACUUUUAGCUGUUAAGAAAAGAUCAGAGUAGCGCAGAGAAGGUAAGCAGUGAAUCUGUGGCAUCUUGCUGCACUGAUGGACAGUGACUGCACUGGGGUAUGGGUGGGAACUUGAUAAUAUGGAUAAAUGUGGUAA